AUGCCGCAGCAGAUCAUCACUUCCCAAGACACAUCCCCGGAGCUGUCUGCGUGCCACUUGUGUCAAGGGGCUCAGUGCCACCUGUGUCAGUGCUCAGUGCCACCUGUGUCAGGGGCUCAGUGCCACCUGUGUGGCAGUGCCACAUGUGUCAAGUACUCAGUGCCACCUGUGUCAUGCUCAGUGCCACCUGUGUCAAGUGGUCAGUGCCACCUGUGUCAUGCUCAGCACCUGUGUCAUGCCUGUGCCACCUGUGUCAGUGGUCAGUGCCACCUGUGUCAAGGGCCCAGUGCCACCUGUGUCAGUGGUCAUGCCACAUGUGUCAAGGCACUAAUGCCACCUGUGUCAUGCCCAGUGCCACCUGUGUCAAGUGGUCAGUACAUGUGUCUAAUGCCACCUGUGUCAAGUGCUCAGUGCCACCUGUGUCAGGCUCAGUGCCACCUGUGUCAAGUGCUCAGUGCCACCUGUGUCAAGGGGCUCAGUGCCACCUGUGUCAAGUGGUCAGUGCCACAUGUGUCAUACCAGUGCCACCUGUGUCAAGUGCUCAGUGCCACCUGGGUCAAGUGGUCAGUGCCACCUGUGUCAAGUGCUCAGUGCACCUGUGUCAAGUGCUCAGUGCCACCUGUGUUGCGUCAGUGCCACCUGUGUCAAGGGCCCAGUGCCACCUGUGUCAAGUGGUCGCGCCACAUGUGUCAAGUACUCAAUGCCACCUGUGUCAAGUGCUCAGUGCCACCUGUGUCAUGGUCAGCCACCUGUGUCAAGUGCUCAGUGCUACCCAGGUGCACCUGUGUGCUCAGCCUGGGCGAACGUGUAGUGUCCGAGCAAUGUGUGCACUCAGUGCCACCAGAAGGUUCAGUGCCACAUGUGACAUCUAGUGCCACAUGUGAGUACUUAGUGCCACAUGUGUCAAGUGGUCAGUGA